CGCGUCCGUUACCCUUCCUCUGAUUGCAAAAGAAGGUGCGGAGUAUCAAUUCUAUUGUCUUCCCGCCCUCGACGACGAUCGAAGAACGCAUUGUUUCUUUUUCGAACUUCUUCCCGUGGUGGACUCGACGAUCGCGACUGGUCGAGGGGGUGUGUGCUUUAUUGUCUCACUGAGAUCCGGACGUGGUUUUUAGCUCGCGAUAUCUCGACACUGCUGGACGAGUUUAUCCUUUUUUGACGACCGGGUUAACGAGCGAGGCGACUGCGUGUUGAGUGAGGUGAACGUAACGGCGCCAGGCAGGAUCGACCCUCAUACCUAAACGUGCCUAAUCGACCUGGCAGCUGAGAGCUCUCACCAACCGACCAUUGCGACCUCUCAUCUCUCUCACCUCCCACUCACCCACGUACAACACGCUAAACCACAACCCAUCAACCACUCUUACAACAUACACAUCACACACUUACACCAUACACACAUCACACGCAGGAAAAAUGUCAGCGCCAUACUACACCCCCCAACGACCCUACUUCCCCCCCUCAAACCACCCCUCCGCAUCCUCCUCCACCUCCACAACACGCGCCGGCGGUAGCGGCAGCGGCGCAUCAGGGGCAACAGGAGCACCCUCCUUCACACCCGCCAUGCGCGACCGCCAAGCGCGCGGGAAAGACCCCUACUCGCCGCACGAUAGCCCCUCGGACUCGGAUCUCGAGUUUGAAGGCGGGGCCGGGGGUUCGCCUUCGAGGGGCGGCGGCGGGGUGGGUAGGUUGGGACACCUCGGUCCCGGGGCCGGACAUCACGGCGGCGGCGGUGGUGGGAUGUUAGCUGGGGGAGGAGGAGGAGGGGUUGGAGAUGGUGAUUCGCAUGAGGUUAGGAGAAGGAAGCUCUGGGCUGUUGCUGUGCUUGAGGAUCCGGAGAAGUUGGCCAUGUAUGCGUGUAGUCGCGGAGACAGCAUCCCCGGCACCCGCCUCCACUUCACACGCAUGCUCUGCGGUUUCGACGAGGAGCCGAUGCACCAGCAGCAGUCGGACCACCGCAAGGCGUCGGCGUCGUCGUCUUCGGCGCGGCGGGAUCCGAGGCGGCGGAGCGCUGGAGGGGACCGGAUGGGUCGUCAUUGAAUCGGGCCAACAAGGCACUUUUUACCCUUUGACGGGCUCUUUUCUUUGACGGCCUCUUAUUUGAUGACUCUUUUUAACGCGGGUUGCGGGAUUACGGAGUUGGGACUUUUGAUCAUGAAAUUUUUGGGGGAUGGUAUAGAUCUUCUUGGGAGGAUUGGUAUUCUUUACGGGAAAGCAGCCUGCUCUAGCCCUUCCUUGGCGUUUCACUCGUGGACGGUCUUGACGUGACCAGGGGGGGAGGGGAGACAUCCCUCGGCUGUAGUGGACGAGGUCGGCCUUAAAUCGAGGCACACGAGGAAGAAGAGAAAUACGGCGUAAUGGAGUCACGGAAUCACCACCCUGUCCUGCAUCCCCAAUUACACACUCUCUCGAGUAAGAUAACCAGC